AACAAAAGGCUCUGCCUUGUUCCCCCAGGCAGGACACUAUGGCUAGACAAGUGGCAAUCGUGGGUGCUGGGGUCAGUGGCUUGGCCUCUAUCAAGUGCUGCCUGGAGGAGGGAUUGGAACCCACCUGCUUUGAGAGGAGCGAUGAUCUCGGGGGACUAUGGAGAUUCACCGAACAUGUGGAAGAAGGCAGAGCCAGCCUCUACAAGUCUGUGGUUUCCAACAGCUGCAAGGAGAUGUCCUGUUACUCAGACUUUCCAUUCCCAGAACAUUACCCAAACUACGUGCCAAAUUCCCAGUUCCUGGAAUAUCUCAAAAUGUAUGCACAUCGAUUUGAUCUUCUGAAAUGCAUUCAAUUUAAGACUAAAGUCUGCAGUGUAACAAAAUGCCCAAACUUUGAUGUCACUGGCCAAUGGGAAGUGGUCACUCUGCAUGAAGGGAAACAAGAGUCAAGUGUCUUUGAUGCAGUCAUGGUCUGCACUGGUUUUCUUACUAACCCCCACUUGCCACUGGACUCCUUUCCAGGUAUAAAAACCUUUAAAGGCCAGUACUUCCACAGCCGACAGUAUAAACAUCCAGAUAUAUUUAAGGACAAGAGAGUUCUCGUGGUUGGCAUGGGAAAUUCUGGCACUGACAUCGCUGUGGAGGCUAGUCAUGUGGCGGAGAAGGUAUACCUCAGCACCACAGGAGGAGCCUGGGUAAUGAGCCGAGUCUUUGAUUCAGGGUACCCAUGGGACAUGGUAUUCAUGACACGCUUCCAGAACAUGUUUAGAAAUUUGCUCCCCACUCCAGUUGUGUCCAGGUUGAUAGCAAGAAAGAUGAACAGCUGGUUCGAUCACACAAAUUAUGGUCUUGUACCAGAAGACAGAAUUCAGCUGAAGGAGCUUGUGCUGAAUGAUGAGCUUCCAGGCCGGAUCAUCACCGGGAAAGUGUUCAUCAGGCCAAGCAUAAAGGAGGUGAAGGCGCACUCAGUCAUGUUCAACAACAGUCCAAAAGAAGAGCCCAUUGACAUCAUAGUCUUUGCCACAGGCUACACUUUUGCCUUCCCCUUCCUUGAUGAGAGUGUAAUAAAAGUUGAAGCUGGCCAGGCAUCACUCUAUAAGUAUAUCUUCCCUGCACAUCUGAAGAAGUCAACCCUGGCAGUUAUUGGCCUCAUCAAACCCUUGGGCUCCAUGAUACCCACUGGAGAAACACAAGCUCGCUGGGCUGUCCGAGUCCUGAAAGGUGUGAAUAAGUUACCACCUCCAAGUGUCAUGAUAGAAGAAGUUAAUGCAAGAAAAGAAAACAAACCCACUGGGUUUGGCUUGUGCUACUGCAAAGCUUUACAAUCAGAUUACAUUCUAUACAUCGAUGAACUCCUGACUUCCAUCAAUGCAAAACCCAACCUGUUCUCCUUGCUCCUGACAGACCCACACCUGGCUUGGGCCAUCUUCUUUGGCCCCUGCUCACCAUACCAGUUUCGCCUAACUGGACCAGGGAAGUGGGAGGGGGCUCGAAAUGCCAUCCUGACCCAGUGGGACCGAACAUUCAAGGCCACCAGAACUCGAAUUGUCCAAGAACCGCCAUCUCCUUUUGUAAGCUUCCUUAAGUUCUUCAGUUUUCUGGCUUUGCUGGUGGCUGUUUUCCUGAUCCUUCUUUAAAUAAAAGAAUUCCUAUGACUUUUCAGAUGUGCUGAGUAGAUUUUCAGUUCCUAAGUUCCUUCCUGACAGUAAUCUUAGCCUUCAUGACCAUAAAUCAAAUCCAUACGGUGCAGACCAUCUGCCUUUCCCUGACUGGCCCCAGCAUGAUAUGCCUGAGCCUUUCCCAGUUCUGCCAGCGUAUAAUGCUAGUGAUCGUCACUAUGAUUUUUGUGCAUUUGAAGCUGCUGGAACAUCUCAUGUCCAAUUUAGGAGAGAGUUUUCCUGGACAGCUCUCUGAGCAAUCAUUCUUCUUUCCCACCUAACCCAUUCACAUAGAUCUCAGCUAAGCCCCCCCACUCCCCAUUAUUUCAUAUGAGAUUUGAUUGUAUGAAAAUAAUGCUCUUCUGGUAUCAGCUGAUUAAAAAUAAAAGUAUGGAAUCUAAAAAU